AUGAAUAGUGAAGCAAUUCCUGUCUCUACGUCUGUUCCAUCUUCUUCUUCGUCAAUAUCCUCAAAAGAAGCUCAUCCGCUAUCUCUGCCACUCUAUCUCACAUCUACAUCAUCCUCAUUAAAGCCACUACGCGAACGUAAUCGAACAAAUCUCAAGCGACGUAUUAACUUAUCACGCAGUCAAGUAUUAAGUAACGAUUUCGAAAACGAAGACAAUCUUUCCGUAACACCAAAACCAACUACCACAAAUAAAACAGCAAUAAACAUAGCUAGUUCUCAGACAACAUUACCAUCAACACCAUCGCUUCACACUUAUUCGGAACCCUAUUCAAAAACAGUUAGUCCACAAACGCCAUCACCUAUUCAUACAACAGUCACAUGCAGUCAAGUAUGGGAAAGAUUAGCUUCGAACGAUGAGCAACAAACGACAACAUCGCCGAAAUCAACAACAUCUAUACCAGCAUCAACGACAGUCUCUGUUUUACCAACACACAUUUCGUUUUCAUACGAUCUUAGCGAUGAUGAAGGAGGAGAUGAAAUAGUAAACGAGGAUAAAAAUGAUUUUCAAUAUGUACCUGUUAGCAGUCAAUCAAAACUUGUUCAAUUUCAAUUUUUAACAUUUGCCAGACAACAAAAUCUAGAUGUAAAUAGUGAUAAUGAUGGCAGUAGUGUCAAUGAUAGUGACGAGGACGAGGACGAAGACGAAGACGAAUAUGGAGAUGAACAUCUAUUCAUGUUUCAUAGUGUUCAGACGAACAAAGAACCAGAACAAGAACAGGAGAAUCGAAUAACGAAAAAACGAAAACGAUCAGUUUCAACGACGGAUUCACUCGAUGCUAUUUCGUCAUCCCUAGCCGAAGGUGCUGCCAGCGGCGCAGCAGCAUCAACAGUUACCAAACCACCGUGCGCGAAAAAACCCAAGAUCAAAGAUCCUAAUGCUAAUUUUCAACGUUUAAAUAUGCGGAAAAAGAAUUUUUCUCAUGCAAAAAAGCAUCAAUUUGGUAAAAAUAAACGCAAUGCUUUCUAUCGACGUAUGCGUCAUGCCGGUGGACAUUAA